UUCGAUGAGCACUUUACAAAAUUUGAGUUCAAUCUACGAAGGCAAUGUGAAACCACUAGAGAUGGCGUACAAGUACAGCAAUAUCUAUGAGGAGAGUUUAUUAGGCAUCAAUGUCUACACCAAACCAAUCCUUCUCCUGAUUGGACCAUGGAGCACGGGCAAAACCACAAUCAUCAAUUACCUGCUUAACUUGAAAACAUCAACAUAUGCAUUACAUACAGGUGCUGAACCCACUACAAGCGAGUUUUAUGUUAUUCAGCACGGCCCCCAGUAUCGGAUGUUUAAAGGGAUGCAACUCGUUAGCGACCAAAGAACAACAUUUGGUUCGUUAGAAAAGUUUGGGCAGGAUUUCCUGGAGCACCUUAAAGGAGUAGAAGUUCCAUCACCAUUACUGGAACAAAUAACAAUCGUUGACACUCCCGGCAUCAUGGAGAAUAAGAAACAGCAGAGGAGGAGCUACCCGUUCUCUGAUGUGCUGCAGUGGUUCAUACAAAGUGCUAGCAUCAUCUUCCUUGUCUUUGACCCUACCAAGUUAGAAAUGGGGGCUGAGCUGGAGCAUGUAUAUUCUUUGCUUAAGGGACACGACAGCAAAGUCAGGAUGCUCCUAAACAAAGCAGACACUGUGUCCCAGCAGGAGCUGAUGAAGGUGCAUGGGACUUUAUUCUGGGGACUUGCUUCGUUCACACACACCCCGGAGCCUCCCAGGAUCUAUGUGGGUUCAUUCUGGUUGAACACAAUCCACACUCACCCCCUUGCUCAAUUUUUUUUAGAUGAGGAGAAAUUAUUACUUCAAGAUUUAAAUCAAGUUAUUGAGAAUCAAAUUGAAAACAAAAUAGCUUUUGUGCGAAGUCAUGCUAUCAAAGUGCGAUUGCAUGCAUUGACCAUCGACUCGUUUCUGCAGGUAUAUUAUGAGAAAAGAAGUCGCUUAUUUUACGACAACGUGCUGUAUUCUAAUAUUAUUGAAGAGCCUGAGAAAAACAAUGUGUUUUUAAAACUACUAGAGCACAGCUACGUCAGUAAAUUUGAUUUGCCCAAUAAGAAAAAGUACGCAAACUUCUUUAAAACGAACCCUUUACUUGAAUUUCAAUUACUACAAAACCGUUUAUGCCAAUUAUUACCUUGUCCAUUAAAUAAUAUAGAUGAAGCCAUUGACAAACUUUUACCUCAGCUUCUCAACCGGUUUAAAACAAGAACCAAUGGUUUUUGCAUAAAUGAAAAUUGCUAAUAUUAUCUUUCAAAUAUUCUGCAAUUAAAAAUAAUGAACAAAAGUGAUAAUUUUUUUACUGUUUCAAGUUUA